GGUGGACAACGACAGAAGGAAGGAAAAGGGACAGGACGGCGACACCUGACAAGCAGACGGAUGUUUAUCUCGCAGGGAAACAACAUUAGAGAGGGAGAGCGCUGUCGCUCUGAGGUUGUCUUGGAAAUAAACUGCCACCAUAGUCACUUCAGUCCUCAGAACAGCUUAACAUUGGACAGCUAUGGCGCUGCCUGCUACCUUUCUGUCUGAAGACCAGUUCACCUGCUCGAUCUGUCUGGAGAUAUUCAACGACCCAAUCGCAACACCGUGCGGCCACAGCUUCUGCAAGGCCUGCAUCUCAUCGUACUGGGACGGAGCAGGAGGACGGGGUGCCAAGUUUUACCAGUGUCCCUUCUGCAAGGAGUCCUUCUCCAAGCGACCAGAACUCCAAAUCAACCGAACCCUGAAGGAAAUCACUGAACUGUUCAAGCAGGUUCCAACAGACAGAAGAUCUGGAGGAGCGGAGAAUACCAACUCGCAUCCUCAGCAUCAUCAUUCAGCCCAGUCUCCGCCCGGGAGGCCAAGGGAACUGCCGGAGGGCAUCUUUGCUGAGAUGAUGACUCGUUUUAAGCGGUUGCCUUCUUCCGAGAUGCCUCACACCACCCUCCCCUAUCCCAAUGACCCUCACGCCCAAAGCCCCGGCCCAGUCAACGCUCACCUGUCCUUUCACGCUCAGAACAAUGAGCAACAUUACCCGCGUCCACCCUACUUCCCUUCCACCAGGGACCCUCUGAAUGGUCGCGGGGACUCUUCCCCCGGUCUGCCUCUGUGUCCCAUCCACCUGAGAGGUCUGGAGUUCUUCUGUCAGACUGAUAACACCUGCAUCUGCAGCAUCUGUGCGGAGACAGCAGAGCACCGAGGACACAAUGUCACCUCUGCUAAGAGAGAGUGGCACAUAAAGAAGUCCCAGUUAGGUAUUGCAGAGCUGGAGCUGAAGGAACUCAUCUGCGAGAAACAGAGGAAAGUGGAAAAAAUACACAACUCCUUACGAGAGACACAAGUUGCUGCUGAGAGAGAGACAGAUGGACUUGUUUGUGCGUUUUCCAAACUUAUCUCCAGAGUGGAGCGCUGCCAAGCUGAAGUCUUGGAGGUGAUGGAGAUGACUCGGCGAGCGGCUGAGCACAGAGCUCAGAACCUGCUGAGAGAGCUGGAGGAGGAGAUAGCUGAGCUAAAAAAGAAGAGUACAGCACUCAGCCAGCUGGCUCUGUCUGAAGACUACAUACACUUUCUCAAGAUGUUUCCUGUCUUGUCUGCCCCUCAACAAACUAAAGACUGGUCAAGCGUCUCUGUGGUGUCUGAGCUGCCCUCAGGGGUGAUUCUCAGGACUGUCAAUCAGAUGAUUGAGCGCUUUCAGGAAGAGAUGCGGAAACUGCCCGAAGUCUGCCAGCUCUCCUCGUUGGACCAAUCCCUACCCAGGCCCAACCCAAAGAUAAGGAGGGUUCAGGAAUAUGCAGUCGACAUCACUUUAGACCCCAGCACAGCCCACCCACGUAUCAUCCUUUCAGAAGAUGGGAAGCAGGUGCAGUGUGGCGACUGCCAUCAGCCGGUACCAGACAAUCCUGAACGCUAUGACCGGGUAGUGUGUGUGCUGGCCCGCCAGGGCUUCAGCACAGGACGGCAUUACUGGGAGGUGGAGGUGGGAGGAAAGACUGACUGGGACCUGGGAGUGGCAAGCCGUUCAGUCAAUCGGAAAGGAAAAAUCACCGUCAGCCCCGCCCAUGGCUACUGGUUCCUCAGCCUGCGGGAUAAGACCGACUACGCCUUCCGAACACUACCCUCAACCAUCCUGACAGUCAACCCCAGACCCUCACGGGUUGGAAUCUAUGUGGACUGUGAUAAGGGCGUGCUGACCUUCUACAACGUGGAGGCCAGAAUGCUCAUCUACACAUUCACAGAUACGUUUACUGACACCAUUCAUCCGUUCUUCAGCCCCUGUACUAAUAUAUCAGGAAGGAAUGAGGCUCCACUAAUCAUUUGCCCUGUUGCAAUGACAGAAUGAAAUGAAGCAACAGGAAAUCUUUACUAAUGAGGAAUGCUUCCACAUGCUUCCAUGUAUGCUGACAUGUAUGAAGACUGAGAAGCACAACCACACCUCUAGAACAGAUUUUAGGCCAGGGUGUGACUGAUGUGCUGCUGUUUUAUUGGCCAAUGUCAAUACUUUGACUGAAGUCAGCAGUAGCCAAUAUUUCUGUUCUAAUGUUUAGAAUCUAGCACGAUGCCACUAACAGCAUCAUGAGGCUGUGAUUGUCACGUUCCCGCAAAUUACACAUGUGCCCCGCCUCCCCCUUGAGAUAUUUGUCUUCGUGUAUGGCAAAAGCAUGACCCGCCCUACUCUGACUCUGAUUGGCUAGAAUUUGCUGCCUUUGUUUGUUGGGUUGAUUAGGUUUAGGCAAGUUAGGGUUUGGGUAAAAAUAUUAGGGUGAGCUAGUCAGAGGCAGAGUAGAGCAUGUCAUGCCUUCGCCGUCUUACAAAAAAAGUGUGUGUUAAUGUUUUAACUUUAAUGAGAGGAUUCAAUUCAAUUUAAUUCUAGGGCGAAGUCUUUGUGAUAUUAGUUCCCACCGUGAGCAAGCACUUGGUGAUUUAGGAAGUAGAGAAACCGAGACUAAGUCAUCAACCGAGACCGGUUGGGGGUGAGGGAGAGAGAGAGCAGGGGGCAAGUGGCCAACACAUUAUCCACCCAGAAAUACAGACAGUAAAGGUAGUAGUGGUUCAGACUGAAAAUGAAGAACGUUACUGACAUUUAUAGUAAUGUUAUGAUCAUAAUAAUAGAACCAGUAAUGAUAUUUGUAGCAGAGGGUGUCAAGCAGGAACAUGGUAGCAGCAGGAGACUCGUAACCACGGAUCUAGAGACAGAAACACCUGCAGAAAGCUACAGAAGGAGAGAGGAGAGGGACGAGAGGCACAAGACUACGGGAAAGGGAAGAAGUUGAGUUAGUAACAUGCAUUAAUGGGAUAAGAAGGGAGAGGGGGAGAGAGGAGCAUCAUGGGAAAUCCCCCGGCAGUCUAGGCCUAUAGCAGCAUAACUAAGGGAUGGUUCAGGACUCACCUGCAAGUAACCCUGCAUUCUGGGAGCGCAUACUAUGAGCUCCUUAAGAUGAGAUGGUGCCUGACCAUUAAGAGCUUUGUAGGAAAAUCCUUCUGGUCAUGAAAGGUAGAAAGAAAACACCUCAAGCAAAUAAUACUAAGUUAAUAUGCUAGCUUUCAGGGCAUCUCUACUCUGUGUUGCUCACCUAGCUGGGCAGCGCUUCUCUUGACUUUGCGCCUGACAAAAAGUGAAAUACGAAAAACAAAAUGAGACCUGCACUCUCCAGCAGAAACCUCUUUGGGGCCAGUCCAGACAAUAUAGCUGCAGCCAUCCCAUAGGCUUUAUGUGUACAUUGUAGAGCCAUUAGCCAAAGCUAAUCACAUGUAGACUUUAUUUUACUAUUUAAAACAUAUAACUGUGCCCUUGCCGAUAAACGUAUGUUACAGCUACAUUGUAUAGUUAAAGCUAAUGGUGCAUUUUAUAUUUGUGUUAAUGUUAAUAUUCACUUAUCUUAAUAUUCUAUAGGAAAUAUUCUAUUCAAUAAAUAUUGCUUGUUUAUACCUCA